UGUUGCUAAGGCGGAGCAAUCAAAGCCACCAGUCUGUAAAUCAUGAAUCCCAAGGAUUUGUGGUGACUAGCAUGAUGCAACGUAACAAUUACUCAGUCCUUUUGUUAAAUAUUACUUUUCUUCUUCCUCCUCCCCCCCCACCCUCCAGACAAACUUGCAAGUAAUAAAUUCAGCUCCUUUCCAGUUGCAAACUUACUCUGAACUAAAACAUUGCUCUUCAUACCUUUUUCAAAGAUCUAUAGGAUACCAAGACGGACAUCUCAAUGGCUACCGAGGUUAAUAAUCAAGUUCGUUUGUCUAACGAUCUCUCAGAAGGUGAGAUAAGAGCCACUCGGAAUAGAAGAGGAAGAGUGCAGAUGUGCCUGCAUGAAUUACUUGAUGUUCAUUUUGAGGAGGAUAAUGUACCUAACAUUGUUGUUCUGGGAUCAGGAGGAGGCCUGCGUGCUAUGAUAGCCCUGCUAGGAACCUUGGUGGAGCUGAAAAAUCAGAAUAUCUUGGAUGCUGUCAUGUAUCUCUGUGGGGUGUCAGGAUCCACUUGGUGCAUGUCCAUGCUGUAUACAGAGUCAAAAUGGUCAGAAAAAUUGAAGUCCCUGGAAGAGAAUCUAAUCAAAAUUCUCACAGUGGGCACUUCAAAUGUUAUGAAGGCAAUAGAAUAUUUAGAGGAGUCAUCAGAAGAUGAACAUUACUCACUCACUGAUGUCUGGGCCUGUGUUGUAUACGGAAUACUGCAUCAGUUUGAUGAGAACGAGCUGACUGAUUACAAGUAUGCAUCAGAGACUGGAAUAAACCCUUACCCAAUUUAUGCAGCAGUGGAUAAGGAAAAACUGAGUGCAAGCUCUCCAGAGACCUGGUUUGAAUUCACUCCACAUGAGGCUGGAUAUACUGCCUUGGGUGCUUUUGUGAGUACGGAGAACUUUGGAAGUAAAUUUGAAAACGGUACACUGAUGGAGAAGAAUAAGAAGAAAACCAUUUGUUACAUGCAAGGCUUAUGGGGGAGUGCUUUGGGAAGCAUAGAAGAAAUUCUAAAGGCUAUACUAGACUAUAUCAAGUGGUUGUUACAAAGGUUACUAAGUUCCUGUGAGACAAGGAUAUGCAGCCCAUAUGGAUAUGGUCAUGAAAGUAUGUCAAAUACCACCGAGUUUUCUCAGACUGUUUUGCUUCUACUAGAACUUCAGCUUUGUGCUGUAAGUGGGAGAGAUCCUGAAGAAGUCUUCAAUAAAUUGUUGAAAAUAUUGUCAGCUGGCUUAUGGAGUAUCUUCAGGAUCCUGACUAAAACAAUGAAGUGUACUUUAAACUGGAUGUGGGGAACAACUAAUAACUUCCUUUACAAGUGCCCUAACAUUCAGUCCUCUCACUUGUUCGAAAACAAAACCAUCUCCUUGAUUGAUGCUGGCCUGGCAAUAAAUUCUGCCUAUCCUCUGGUACUUAAAAAGCAGCGUCAGACAGAUCUUAUCCUUUCCUUUGACUUCAGCUCUGGAGAUCCUUUUGAGACUGUCGAGAAAGCAGCUGACUACUGCCAGAAAAAUGGUAUUCCAUUUCCCAACAUAGAGAAGCAGGAAAUGGACAAGAAAAGCCCUUCUGAUUGUUAUAUCUUUCAAGGAGACAAGUCGUGCCCUACAGUCAUGCACUUUCCACUCUUCAACAAAGUGAAUUGUUCUGAUAAAAUUGAAGAAUACAGAAGUAAGUUCUCUACUUUAAACAUGUCCUACUCCGAGACUAAAAUCAAAGAUCUCCUUGCAAAAGCAAAGCUGAAUGUGUCCAAUAAUAGUAAGAGAAUUUUGCAAGAGAUACAACUGCUUCUAUCUUCCUCUCAUACAAACAAGUUCUGAAUGCAAAGGUAGUUUUUGUGUUUGUUUGAUUGUUUUCUCUUCUGCGCAGAAUAAUGAAUUUAUGACUCCGUAUUUCUCACUUGCUCAUUUUUCUGCAUUUCUUGUGUAUAAAAUUUAAAACUGAUCAAAUAUUAAAUAUCUGACCUAUAGAUUGUUCACAAUAGCAGAAGUAUUUGACUUGGUCCCAUGGUGCACUGAAUAGUCCCAGUCAAAUAAUAUUGCCUAUAACAUCCUGGCAUUAGACGAGUAUGCCUGUGAUAUUAAAAAAUG